AUGGGUGAUGGGGCCCCGGGCUUCUUUAUGCCCUGGUUUGCAGUGGGGAGGGAGCCCCAGAUGGAGCGCAGGAAGGCGGGCGGGCCAAGUCCCCACACCGGGCAGCAGGAGCUCCCCGCACCCCGGCCCCGCCGCGGCCAGCCUUCGGCAGCACCCACCCAGCGCCGAAAGCCGCCCGCGCGGCCUGCAAGGCUGCUGCGAGCAGAAGGCUUCGCCCGGGAGUCCGUAGUGGACAGCAGGGUAGGUGGGAGGCGAAGCCGCAGCGAAGGAGUCCAGUUCGCCCCGGACAGCCAGGGGAGCGGCGCCCGGCGCGGUCCCGGGAACCGCCACCAACGAAGCUUCCGAAGGUUCGCGGAGGUGGGGAGCUGGCCGCUCCGGGGUCAGGACGGAGCGACCCUGGAGGGAGGGACCCCGAGCACAGGAUCGGAGGGGUCGAGGCUGCGCUGGGCUGAGCGGCGUCGGAGCGGUUUGGGAGCCCCUGAUGGAGCGCGUGCCUCGCGGGGUGGAAGUCAGGCCCCGGGGAUCCGGCCCCCGCGCCUGCCGGUCAGAGGUCCCCGGAGCCGCCGCAGACCCGGCCCUGCUCCGAGGGGGUGA